CUUUCAAUGUUUUCAAGUGAAGAAGCGAACAAACAAGGGCUGUAAAUAAUCCGCAUCGCGUCGUGUUGCACUGAAAAAUCACUUGUAAAUUGUUGUGUCAUUAAUUGCGCCAAGAGUGAAGACUGAAAGACUGAAACACUGAAAACUGAAAAAAACAAGCAAAAAGUCGGCACAGUGCGCUGAUUGUUGACUCAAAUUAAAAGUGCGACAAAUUCUCGCAUUCAUUCUCAUUUUCAGUUGCAUUUUCGGUUUCAGUUUUGUAUUUGUUUAUUUCGGUGUCGGUUUAAUUUUGCUCGCCUGACAAUCUCCAAAUCGCCUUUAAAAAACGUACACAACAACGGGGCAUUUAAUUAAAUAAAUCGCAAACAUCAGUCAACGGCCAGUUAUUUCCAGCCGCCAAAUCGGACAUUAAAUCGGACAUUUGGACAUUUGGACAUUUGGACAUUCGGACACUAUACUAUAUCCACACAUUUCGAGAGAUCCCAUCUGGCGAGAGAACCCAGAACACAGAACAGGAAACAAUUGAAAUCGGCUGAGAAAUCGAACAUGGACCUGAGAAUGGAGCUGGGCGGUUACGUGCAGUCCGCCACCAACACAAAGCGCUUCGUCGUGGAGGACUCGAUUACCAAGGUGACUUCCGAUGGGGAGCCGCACGGCAUGAUGACCAUGGUGGCCGGAUUGUCCGGCCUUUUGGCGGCCAUCAUCAUUCUGGCCGUUCUCGUGUCCAUGGUGGCCUGUCGCAAGCAGAAGAGGAACUCGAACCGGAAGAGCAAUUCCUCCGCCAAUGUGGUGGCCAUGACCAGUGUGGCGCAGGACCAGCCCCAGUUGGCCGGGAAUUUGAACGCAGCGUUCGCUGAGAGCACUCUGACCUUGGACAAGGUCAAGCAGGGCACGGAGGACCAGUGGCGACCCACAUCCGUGGUGGUGGAGCGGUACUAGUGGAUCCACCAGCACCACCACCACCGGCAACCAGCAGCGCACGGGCACGUGAUGUUUAUUGUAAACGUUUGAGACUGACACUUAGCCUAAGGAUUUCCAUCACCAUCUUUUAUCUAUGUAUAUCACAUACGACACCUUUUUUUUGCUUGUUAAAAUAUUCUAUAAAAUAUGUGCAAAUAUAUAUUAUUUUAUAAUCAAAGGGA